ACAUUAUGUGAUUUUGUUCUCCAGUUACCAGGGACUAGUGGACACUAAAGUUAAUUAACUUCAAAUAAGAAAUAAUACCAGGAUUUAAUCAAUCAUGAAGAAUCAAGUAUUGCGGUCUCUUUGUUUCAUUACAAUUAUAGUGUCCCUAGUUGAGUCAAAAACAUAUCUUGUGGAAACAGAUGACAUAACAGGAAAUGAAGGACAUGGACAAUCUGGAGAUGACUAUACUAAUUAUGUUAGAGCACCUGAACCCUGGGAAGAUAAAGUUACUUGUGAAAAACGAGUUGGCGACACCUUAUGUCCUGAAUAUACAGUUUGCAAGAAACAUAAAUGCAUAAUCGAAGAAUAUGAGAAACCAUGGGAAAUCAGAGAAAUUCCUUGUGCUGAGAGAAUUGGCGAGUUCAAAUGUCCGGAAGAUACAACUUGUAAAGAGGACUUUUGUGAAUAUAAUCCUGAACCCUGGGAGAGCAAAGUUCCUUGUUCAGAACGUGUAGGCAAUUUCACAUGUCCGGAAUUUUAUCAUUGCAAGAUACAUUAUUGCGUUAUGAUAGCUGGUUCACCAUGGGAAGUCAAAGAGGUUCCUUGUGCUGAGCGUACUGGGGAAUUAAAAUGUCCUGAAGAUAUGCAUUGUGAAGUGGACCACUGUGAAGAUAUUUCCUGCAAAGCACAUGAAGAAUGUCCUGGAGAAAUUAAAUGUUGGAGAGAGAGAUGUAACAUGUAUGCACCCGAAGAUGCUGAGCCAAUUCAUGAAUGGCCAGGAGGCAAGUUUGAAGCGUUUCUUGAAGAGUAUAAAGAUGUCGGAGAUGAGACUGAGGAAUUGACAAGAUAAAACAGAGAUUUGUCAUCAAAAACAAUUUUAUGAAAUAAGCUAAAUAUUAAUUAGGUUUUUACAUGGAUUUGGACACCUAGUCCAAAUUGACCCACAGUCACCUGUAAUACUUUUUUUGAUAAAUUGUGAUAAAAGUUAAAAAUAAAUACUGAUAUUUUUGUGA